UUGUGUAGAGUAGAUUUGUGUUUUUCAGUGAAAUUCGUGGAAAACAAGACGGAAAAUGGAUGUUUUCAAUAAACUCUAUUCUUCUGUGAGCAGCACAGUAUCACAACUACAGGGUGUGCUACCGGGGAAUCCCGUGACGAGGGAGUUUGAGGUGGUGGAACACAUCGCAAGUGCAGGACCAGGCCUUCUGUGGAAGAUCUACCGUGGCUAUAAGAAGUCUACGCGACAAGAGGUGGCAGUGUUUGAGCUGGAGAAGCGCCAAUUGGAGCGAUGGCAGAAGGACGACCGGGAAGUGAUGAUGGAGACCAUGAAGAGAGGAAUCAGUCAACUGACCAAGAUUCGCCAUCCGCAAGUGCUGACUGUUCAGCACCCAUUGGAAGAGAGUCGUGACAGCCUGGCAUUCGCCACUGAACCCGUCUUUGCAUCUCUGGCAAAUGUCCUGGGACACAUUCACAAUGUUCCCCAACCGCUGCCUAGCACUCUGGCGGGAUUCAAGCUGUUCGACGUGGAGAUCAAGUACGGGAUUAUGCAGCUGGCUGAGGGUCUGGCAUUCUUGCACUCGGACGUGAAACUCUUGCAUCGGAACAUCUGUCCUGAGUCCAUCAUAGUCAAUCAGCAGGGUGCUUGGAAGAUCUUCGGAUUUGACUUUUGCAUCCUCAAUCAGACGCCUCAUGAGGCGAAGCCUUUCUGGCCAUAUCAGGAGUACAACUCCACUUGGCACGUUCUCACGCAGCCUAUGCUCGAGUAUAUGGCACCCGAGAAUGCCCUCAUUUCCGCCCACUCGCCUGCCAGUGACAUCUUCUCACUGGGCAUGCUCAUCUACACCAUCUAUUCAGUGGGCGGAAAACCCAUGAAGAGCUUCGGGAAGGACUGGGGAUCCUUCAGGCGCUUCGCCGGGGAGCUGAAGCAGGGACGUAUUCCCAGUCUCUCCCACAUUCCCGACACUCUUGUGGAUUACGUGCGCCUGAUGCUGAAUGCCACGCCCGAAAUGCGACCGGAAAUACAUGACUUGAGCAAAGUGCCGCACUUUGAUGAUGUGGGUGUGAAGACUCUGAGCUACCUCGAUGCCCUCUUCCAGUGGGACAACCUGCAGAAGUCCAAAUUCUACAAGGGACUCCCACAGAUCAUCUCCAAGUUGCCCCAUCGCGUGAACAUGCAGAGAAUCCUUCCGUGCCUCGUGAAGGAGUUCAUAAAUGCACCCAUGGUGCCAUUCGUGCUGCCCAAUGUACUCCUGAUAGCGGAGAAUUGCACGGAGAAUGAGUACAAGAGACAUAUCCUGCCGCCGCUGAAGGCCGUGAUGAAGAUUCAAGAGCCCAUACAGAUCCUGUUGAUUUUCCUGCAGAAAAUGGAUCUGCUGUUGAAAUUGACUCCGGCGGAUGAUGUGAAAACUGAUGUCCUUCCCAUGCUCUAUCGCGCCCUCGAGUCGGAUGCCCAGCAAAUCCAGGAGCUUUGUCUCUCCGUGCUGCCCACAUUCGCCUCCCUCGUCGACUAUCCUGCCAUGAAGAAUGCCCUGCUGCCGAGGAUCAAGAAACUCUGCAUCGGGACGCCAUACAUGUCUGUGAGAGUGAAUUCACUCCUCUGCAUCGGCAGACUUCUUGAGCAUCUGGACAAGUGGUUGGUGCUGGACGAGAUCAUUCCCUUCCUUGGGCAAAUUCCAUCCAGAGAACCCGCGGUUUUGAUGGGAAUUUUGGGCAUUUACAAAUUGGCGCUGACCCACAACAAAUUGGGCAUCACGAAGGACGUCAUGGCAACCAAAGUGAUCCCUUUCCUAGUUCCUCUCUGCAUAGAAAACGGAUUGUCGUUGAGUCAAUUUAACGCUCUCAUCUCGCUGGUGAAAGAGAUGAUUGAUCGCGUGGAAGUGGAGCAUCGGACGAAGCUUGAGCAACUGAAUUCGAUUCAGCAAGAGUCCAAAGCACUGGACCUCAACUAUGCCAAUGCCACGGGACCUCUUGUGCCCUCAGUGCCGUCAAGCCACAAUUCCGAGAUGGACAAAAUGUUCUCGAACUUGGGUCUGGAUUCGUACUUAAACACAUCACAGCAUGACCCAUCUCCUGUCACCGCACAACCUGCAGUUGAAGUGAAGGCCAGCACUUCCUUGUCGCUGGAAGAGAAGCAGCGGAUGGCGAAGCAACAGGAGCAGGCCCAGCGUUUGCAGAAGCAAGCGACAGUCGUGCCCAAAGUGGCACCAGCAAAGCCGAAAGAUCUCACGUCCACCCUCAUCGAGGCCAAUCUCAGCCAGAUCAAGACCACGCCCGCGACUCGCGCGAGUGCCAUCAAUAACAAUCCUUCGAUGGCCUGGAGUCCGACGACUACGGCCGCGCCUGCAAACUGGAAUAAUGCCGUGUGGACACCAAUGCCGGCGAACACGAGUCAGUGGAAUAACAACAGAGGCGCUCCGGCCAAUUGGACAGCCCUGGACUCGCUCUUGCCGCAGAACAAGAGCACGGGCAAGAUGAGCCUAAAUCAGAUGCAGACCACGAAUCAGCCACUGCUGAUGAAUCCCAGUCAGAAUCAAAGUAAAUCGUCAACAAAUCAACUCAGUACGCAGGAAAUUAUGGAUUUUCUGGGCUGAAUUCUGUGUCUUUGGCGUCUUUACAUGUUUUUUUUUUUAAUUUAUCGUGAUCGAGUUCGCUUCUACCGCAAUAUGCAUUCCGCAUAGACAGAUAGAUUGUGCAAUUACGAUGAAAACUGUCUCUAAUUAUAAAGUAUGAAAUGUGUUAUCUAAAUAUAUAUAUAGUAAAAUUACUGGAAAACUUGUCUGUUAAUUAUUGGUUGAGGUGGGAAAAAAUCAGCAAAGUGUGGCGAGAAAUUCCCCCUUGAUUUCU